GAACGCCGUACUACCUUGGCGAAAUGCUCGAGGAUGCCUUGACUGCCGAACUAUUAGCGCUUUGCUGGGCCAUGUGCUGGGCAGCGCAGCACGCCCCGGCAUAUUCAGUGCCUGUGCGCUUUCUCUACGAUGCACAGAGUGCCGGCCAGGGCACAUUUGGCACAGCACGGCCCGUUCAAGGAGCAGCUCCCGAGCAUUACACUCCCCUUGCCGCCUUUGCUGCAGCUCUGCGUCAAUAUCUCAAUGCGAGAUUGCCCACGGCCCACCAGCAUGUCAAGGGCCAUGCCGGCUUUGCUGGCAAUGAAUUGUGCGACGCUUUGGCGUUCCGGCUACAACUUUAUGUGAUACACGCCCCCUCCCUUGCCAGCGUGACAGCCGAAGAGGCCCGCGCCUUCUGGAACCUUCGUGCUACUGACAUCCUUGACAGACCAGAAGUUGCCGACUAUAUAGUCAUGUGCGAUGCCAAUUCCAAGCUAGGUGAUGUCUGCUCAGACCUAGUUGGCGACCAUGGUGCCGAGCAGGAAGGACAGGCUGGUGCACUGUUCCACGAGUUUCUGCAAAAAAUUGAUGCCAUAGUCCCCGCAACAUGGUCACAGUGGCACAGCGGCCCGCACCACACAUGGUGCUCACCACACGGCACGUGGUCCCGCAUUGACUACAUUUUGGUUCCACGCCAUUGGCAGCAUGCACAUUUUGUGUCACGCACCUGCCCCAGAGUUGAACUUAUGCAGCUCCGGGAGGAUCAUAUUCCUGUCCUCCUGGCAUGUGAGUUCGUGCGGAACCUCCCUGGCAAAUCUUAUACCUGUACCAGGAAGCAGAUCUUUCGCCCUACGCCGGAUGCCAGAGGAAAAACAGCCAGCCGUUUCCUGACAGAAGCUGUUCCUGUCACUACGUGGCUAGCUUCAGCCGAUGCCCACUACCAUACACUGGUUCAAGCCUGGCAACGUGUGGGUUCAAGCAUUUCUCCACCCGACAGCAGGACAACCACGCGACCAUACCUGUCGCAGCAUUCACUGGACAUUGUUGAUGAGCGGCGGCCAAUCCGGGUUGCCCUCCGCGAUGCCCAUGGGGAGCGUAUACGCAAAUGGCAGCUCAUUGUCCUUGUCGCCUUCCUACUGCAUGCUAGGGGUCAAGCUUUCUCACAGGCACAAACCCAAAUAGCUGACCGCUGGCUUAAGGAAGCUGAUGCGUGGGAAGCUUCUAUGCUUGCCAAUUAUAAGCGUCUUGCUCGGAUGCUUAGACGUUCUGUUGCGGCAGACCGCAUUGCCUACCUCGACCGCCUUGCACAGGAGGUUGCGGGUGGACACCUUGGAGAUCCCAAGUCUCUCUAUAGGGUUCUACGCCAGGCCUUCCCUGCGGCCCGCUCUGCCAGGCGACAAGGUAUUCAGCCUCUGCCGAUGCUACAACUCUCUGAUGGCACGUUCGCCCGCAAUACUGCUGAGCGCGCAGAGGCAUGGCGCAGCCAUUUUGCCGCCCAGGAGGCCGGACAUAAGGUUGACGAUUCGGGCUAUGUCAAAGCCUUCGAGAGGCACUGCAUUGUCGAGCACUCCCUAGACAUCCAAGUUGUACCGACACUUAGUGCCCUGGAAAGACAUAUUCUCGCCUCCCGGAAUGCGCGUGCUGCCGGUCCGGACGGGAUCACGGCGGAGCUGCUUAAGCUGGAUGUCCCACUGGUAGCCAGACAACUCAUACCAGUGCUCCUCAAGGCUAGCCUACGCGCACAAGAGCCAGUUACCUUUCGAGGUGGAGAGCUAGUGUGCCUGGCCAAACGGGCCGGCCAGGUGCUAGGGUGCGAUGCCUAUAGAUCCAUCCUUGUCUCGUCUGUGCCAGGCAAGCUGUACCACAGGAGCCUCAGGGAGGCACUCCUACCGCUCCUGACUUCGAGCCAGCCCACUUUCCAGGCAGGAGUCGCCCCGGGCCAAGGGAUCGAACACACCGCGCUUGCUAUCCGAUCCUUUUACGCUAUGAGCAAGGCUUCACGAAAGCCGGCCUCGCUUACUUUCUUUGACCUUCAGGCGGCCUUCUACCAGGUACUGAGACAAGCUCUCGUGCCAGCCACUGAGGGCGACCAAGAGCUGCUCCGCCUGCUUCACCACCUUUGCUUGCCAGCAGAGGCAAUACAGGAAUUGUGCACGCAGCUUAGGCCCGGCGACCCAACUGCCGACCUAAUGUUCGGAUUCACGUUGUCAGCACUCAUGCAUGCCAUACAGACCAGCCUCAACGCCCGCGAUCUUGUACCGGAUCUCCCUUCUGCCCCGGACCGUCCCGGAUGUCUAGCGGAUGUUGGUGCUGUCAGACUUGGACUACCUGCGUGGGCUGACGACUUUGUUGCGCCACAGACUGGGAGUGACCCUACUGAGCUGCUAAGUCGCACUCGCCGCACCAUUGAGACAGUCGUGGAUUUUGCAACAGCAGCAGGAAUGACGGUCAAGUACGGUCGGGAGAAGACUGCCGUUCUUUUCCCACCAGCCGUCAUAGGCAACCAGCAAAGCGCAUUCACGUAUGAUGACAUGGGACAGCUUGUGCUUGGCCUCCGCAAUAGUGUUGCCGACAAACCUUACUGGGUCCCAGUGGUAGAGUCAUACCGACACCUUGGGGGUAUCAUUGUGUCUACGUGUGACCCUCUUCCCGACCUGCAUUACAGGUUUGCACAGGCAUCAGGAACACUUAAGCCACUGCGGCGUCGCUUGUUCGGGACGCGCAUUAUCCCCAUUCAGCUGCGGUCCUACUUCUUGCGGUCAUUGGUGGUUUCUAAGUUUGCACACUCGGCAGCCACCCUCUUCCUCCGUGCCGCAUAUCAGCUGCGUGUUUGGGAGCAACACUACAUGACACUAUGGCGCGCGCUCUUCCACAGGCGGUCUGCAGCGGAACAG